CCUGCCGCUCUGCAAUGUUACGGUUUACUGCUGUUGGGCUGCUGCUCAGGCUUGGCUAUGCUGCUUUGUUUUGGAGACGCCCAUGCUGCUCGCCUGCAAUCAUGCUCGCAGUUGCCAAUCUUAUCGCCGCCUCAGAAGAGAUCAACAAACGCACGCUCUUCUUGGGCCUUGGGUUUCUCGCUGUACACUCACUGGUAUACCCUUGGGCGGAAAGUAUCAUCAAAGAAAGCCACAGCCAGCUGUUCUGCAACCAGUACUGCAUUGGUGUGCAUUGCGGUCAGCAUGAUGCCGCCCAUCUUCAAGAAGAAGUCCACAUGGAGAACGAUGAACGCCUCCAGCUUUGGCAUCCACAGAUUUGCUCCAAAGGCCAACGCCCGCGCUGGCAAAAGUCUGAACAGUCAGAACAAAGUGAGACCACGCCCGCAAGUUGCGGCACGGCACAGCCAAUCCCGCCUAGGCGAUUCCUUGGUUUCGAAAUCAUCAUGAAUGUUGUUUCCCAUUUCGCAUCAGCAGCUCAACAGCAAAAGCAGACCGCAACGGGGCAAGCGUCGGGUGCUGUUCAUGAAACGACACACACGGAGCGCCCUCUCUUCGGCCUCUGAGACAUUCCAUAAUGGUUUUGCAUCCUGCCACCAGCUUAACCGUCAACUAGCGGAACACCAGGGGCCGUCAGCCAACCACGGUCAAUCGUCUUACACUCUAGCGGCCUACUGGCAUGCUCAGCAGUGGCUCCUUGUUAACU